AUGCCUGUGAACAUCGUCAACCUACCCGACCAGAGCCUUCCCCCGCCCGUUGUGCAGGACGACCACCAGUCCGGCGGCCGGAGAUCUCGCUCGAAGAAGAACGCACGCAUAGACGGGGGGUUGCGGGUUCACUGGGAUCGCUUCGUGCGUAAGCUCGGCUCAGGCACCGCACCCUCGACCUCAUCCAACUUCGAGGAGAGUGUUGGGGAGAGCAGCGGGUACCCGCGGUCGCGAUUGGGACACCAUACCUACUCCGAACCACAGGAAGACCGAGUGGACGAGGUCGUCGUGGACCGCGAGUGGUCGGACGAGAUCAAGAGCAGCUCCAUCACACACUCCGAGCACGGUGGCAGCCCUGAGAAGACGGGGAGCAAUCACCACGGGGGCACAAAUACCGACCGCGACAGCUUUGCCAUCCGUCCAGAAGGGUUCUGGGGACUAUGUCGACCGCUCAUCCUCCUUCGCUGGAGGUUAUGGCCCGCGACAUACUCGUUCUUCUGCACGCAUUUUAUGGACGAGAAGUCGGAGAUGCACUAUAACAAGGAGAAUUGGUUCUUGCGAAAGAACCUUGCGUUAUGGUCGUCUGGCUUCCUGAUCGUCAACUGGGCGUUCGGUCUCGGGUUUGUUCAGCGAGAUCCGCUUCUGCUUUCCGACAAGAUCUUCCUAUACGCGAUCGCGUCCGUAGCGAGUUUCGUCAUACCGCCUAUGGUCAUCUUCGACUGGCCACGAGAUCGGAACACCAUAUACCAAAUCACCCUGGUAUUCUCCAUCUGGAUAUGGUCGGUAUAUCAGGUCAUCUUCAUAUACCUGUGUGGGCAGUACAAUCCUGCACGAUCACGCUUCACAUGCAAUGGAAAGGAUUAUUUAACGAUGUUCUACUACACCUCAGCAUUGCAGACCAUCGCGCUAUUCGGUCUGAAGCUACACCGCUUUCCCGCGAUGCUCGGCGCUCUCGUGUUCUUCAUCCUUUCGUGUGUACUCAUCGUGCCGGACAAGAAGUUCUUCGUCCGAAAUUUGGCGAACUUCCUCUUCUUCCAGGGGUUCCUGCUGUACAUCCAUUACAUGCGCGAGAACGCGGAGAGGCGUCUGUACACACUGCGCGACCAGCUCAAAGUCCAGUUCCGUGCGACGCAGAAGGCGCAGGUCAACGAGCGCAAGGCUGCGGACUCGAAGCGUCGGCUUACGUCGUGCGUGCGAGUGCCGCUGAACACUGCGCUCCUAGCCGUGCAGAACAUGCAGGCUUCUGGGAUGAUCACGCAGGAUAUCGAGUUUAAGGCGCUCGAAGGUAGUUUGAGCAUGAUGUCGAAGGUGCUCAACGACGUCCUCGACUUCAAUCGGAUGGACAGCGGGCGCUUCGAGUCGGUUCUCAAGCCGUACAAGUUCCACCAAGUGCUGCGGUCGCUCUUCGUGCCUCUUCAGCUCGCUACGGAUGCCCGGGGCCUGCAGUUCGUCAUCGAUCUAGAUAACACCAUCGACGAGGUCGCGCGGCGUGCGCUCUUCGAAGCGAUGGGUGAACCUGACGAGGCCAUCACGCGGAAGCUGCAUGAGAACCCGGACGAGUUUGGGAUAGUGGUGGGAGACGAGACCCGUCUGCGGCAGAUCAUUACGAACUUGGCUAGCAACGCGUGCAAGUUCACGCCGGCAGGAGGGAAACUGACCAUCACGACGAAGCUCGUCAUACCCGAGCCGCCUUCCAAGACGGAGCGGGACGACGAUUUUGACGAGGAACGCCUGGACCACAGCGAGGACUUCUUGUCCCCUCACGGUCCACGCGUCGCUUCGAAUGGCAAUGGGCAGGUAUCGGAUGACAUACCACCGCUAUCUGCAACGCACCUUACGCAGCAUAACGUGCUACACUCGAAACCAGCGCCGCCUUUGGAGUGGAUUGUCGUCAGGAUAGAGGUGACGGACACCGGGUGCGGUAUACGGCCGAAGGACAUGGUUCAGAGCAAGCUGUUCUCUGCUUUCAACCAGACUGAGCAGGGUCGACUGCAAGGCGGCAAGGGCACCGGCUUGGGGUUAGCUCUCGUACGGCAGAUCGUGAAGCUCAGCGGCGGCCGUCUGGGCGUGCAGUCCAAAGUGGGAGAGGGCUCGACGUUCUGGGUCGAAAUCCCCCUCGGGGUUGGUAACAAGGCUCUUCCAGCGCUCACCUCGCCCAUGGAUAUGGAAGAGGAUGACUACCCGAGCCCUCGGCAAGCGGUGUACUCGAAUCUCAAGGAUGUCGCCUUCAAGGGUGUCCCCCGAGAAGGAACGUCGAAUGUUCGGUCGUCAUUCCAAUCCAACAACCAGUCACACUCGUCGUCAGCGCUGCACAGCAUUAUGGAACAAGGUGGACUCGUCGAAAUUUCGACGAAGCCGACUGAGGGACCGCUCACGCGGACCAUUGGCGACCCGAACACAGGCACUGAGGCACGGUUCACGGGAGACGACAUCACGCCUCCCAACGAGCGCCCCACGCUUUCGGUGGAGCACUCCUCAGACACGGCGCGUGGGCUCCAUCUCUCGCAUAUGCCAAAACCACAGUCGUUUGGGGUCGACGGCGUGCUAAUAUCCCCCGCGCUCUCCGCCGGCACGACAAAUACGCUCCCCAGCCAGGCCGGGUCGUCGGGGUCAGCAGCAGGCACGCCGGGCUCUCUGCAGAUGCCGCUCGAGUCGAAGCUGAACGUGCUGGUCGUCGACGACGACCUGCUCACCCGCAAGCUGAUGAGCCGCAUGUUGACGCGGAUAGGCUGCAAAGUCACCACGGCGGAGAAUGGGGAGGUCGCGCUAGACCUCAUCCUACAUGGGCACGCUCAGCGCGAGACGCCUUCGUCGGAGGAUACGGGCUGUGGCGGUCUUUCGAUUGACGGUGUUGCGUCGGGGUCAGCGGACGAGUACCGGUACCAGGUCGUCUUCUUGGACAACCAGAUGCCGGUCAUGUCUGGGCUGGAGGCGGUGUCGAAGUUGCGCCAGAUGGGUAGGAGAGACUUCGUCGUUGGUGUGACGGGCAACGCGCUCCUCGCGGACCAGCAGGAGUAUCUUGAGGCUGGUGUCGAUCAUGUCCUCACGAAACCCGUGCUGGAGAAGAGCCUGAAGAGCAUGCUAGUCAUCGCCGACGAGCGUCGAAGACGAGGGCCCCCUGCAUCACCUGACCAGCCGUCACACCCGCCCUCAUAA